CUAUCGCGCAUGCGCUCAGUCGGCGUGAGGCUCACAAGGACCGGCUGCAGGAACCGGGGUGCUGAGAACACACCAGCAUUUGUUCACUGGAGAUCAGUUCUUCAACUCAUUGAUUGUACAAGGGAUUCAAACAUCUGACUGUCUGAAUUGCCAGAUGAUUGAUCGCAGUGAGAUAUCAUUCUCCUUCUCUCAGUGUGGGAAGGGAUUCACUCACAGCCUACCCACAGACACGCCAGUGAGUUCACAGUGGGGAGAGGCCAUUCACCUGCUCUGUGUGAGGGAGGGGAACUACUCAGUCAACCAGCCUGAAGAUACAUCAGCAAGUUCACACCACAGUGAGAUGCUCCACCUGUUCUGACAGCGGGAAGCAAUUCAUUCUGUCAUUGAUGCUGAAGAUAUAUCCAAAAAUUCACCAGUGAGGAGACGUUUCUCAGAGUGCAGGAAGGCACUGACACUAUCAACCACACUACAGAGACACCAGCAAAUUCACAUGGUGCCAUGGCCUUUCCCCACCUCUGAAUGUCGAAACAGAUUCAUUUAGUCAUCUCAAAUGAACGAACGUCACCAGUUCACACUGAGAAGAUGCCGCUCACCUGCUCAGACUGUGGGAAGGAGUUCACUUCAUUAUCUCAACUGAAGGUACAUCGGCGAGUUCACACUGGGGAGAGGCUGUUCACCUGCUCAGACUGUGGGAAGGAGUUCACUUCAUUAUCUCAAUUGAAGGUACAUCGGCGAGUUCACACUGGGGAGAGGCCGUUCACCUGCUCAGACUGUGGGAAGGAGUUCACUUCGUCAUCUCAACUGAAGGUACAUCGGCGAGUUCACACUGGGGAGAGGCCGUUCACCUGCUCAGAAUGUGGAGAGGCAUUCACUCGGUCAUCUCACCUACUGAGACACCAGCUGGUUCACACUGGGGAGAAACCGUUCAGCUGCUCAGAAUGUGGGAAGCGAUUCACUCGGUCAUCUCACCUACUGAGACACCAGCUGGUUCACACUGGGGAGAAACCGUUCAGCUGCUCAGAAUGUGGGAAGGCAUUCACUCGGUCAUCUCAACUACAGGAACAUCAGCAAACUCACACUGGGGAGAAACCGUUCAGCUGCUCAGAAUGUGGGAAGGGAUUCACUCGGUCAACUGACCUGAAGGUACAUCAGCAAGUUCAUUCUGGGGUGAGUCCGUUCACCUGCUCUGAAUGUGGGAAAGGUUUCAUGCACUCAUCCAAACUACGGAGACACUUGCUGGUUCACACUGAGGAGAGGCCAUUCACCUGCUCUGAGUGUGGGAAGGGAUUCACUCAGUCAUCCAAACUACAGACACACUGGCUGGUUCACACUGGGGAGAAACCGUUUGCCUGCUCAGUAUGUGAGAAAGGAUUCACACGGUCAUCUCAACUGAAGGAACAUCAGCGAGUUCACACUGGGGAGAAACCGUUCACCUGCUCAGACUGUGGGAAGGAGUUCGCUCGUGCAGCUCAGCUGAGCGUCCAUCAACGAUUUCACACCGGGGAGAAACCGUUCAGCUGCUCUGAAUGUGGGAAGAGAUUCACUCUGUCAUCUGACUUGAAAGUACAUCAGCGAGUUCACACUGGGGAGAGGCCAUUCACCUGCUCGGACUGUGGGAAGCGAUUCAUUCGGUCAUCUCAACUGAACACACAUCAGUGCUUUCACACUGGGGAGAAACCGUUCAUUUGCUCAGACUGUGGGAAAAGAUUCACUCUGUCAUUUCGCCUACUGAGGCACCAGUUAGUUCACACUGGGGAGAAACCGUUCAUCUGCUCAGACUGUGGGAAAAGAUUCACUCUGUCAUUUCGCCUACUGAGGCACCAGUUAGUUCACACUGGGGAGAAACCGUUCAUCUGCUCAGACUGUGGAAAGGAGUUCGCUCGAUCAUCUGGCUUGAAAAUACAUCAGCGAGUUCACACUGGGGAGAGGCCGUUCACCUGCUCAGACUGUGGAAAGGAGUUUGCUGGGUCAUCGGAUUUGAAAAUACAUCUGCGAGUUCACAUUGGGGAGAGGCCGUUCACCUGCUCUGUGUGUGGGAAGGGAUUCACUCACUCAUCCACCCUACAGAGACACCAGCUGGUUCACACUGGGGAAAGGCCAUUCACUUGUUCUGAAUGUGGGAAGGGAUUCACUCAGUCAUCCAACCUUUUGUCACACCAGCGAAUCCACACUGGGGAGAGGCCGUUCACCUGCUCAGAUUGUGGGAAGGCAUUCGCUCACUCAUCCACCCUUUUGUCACACCAGCGAAUCCACACUGGGGAGAGGCCCUGAAUGUGGGAAGGGAUUCACUCGGUCAUCCAAGCUACAGAGACACCAGUUAGUUCAUACUGGGGAGAAACCAUUCACUUUCUCAGAUUGUGGGAAGGGAUUCACUUAGUCAUCUGACUUGAAGCUACAUCAGCGAGUUCACACUGGGGACAGACCGUCAGACUAUAAGACUUAAGACCAGAAUAAGGCUGUUUACCCCAUCGAGUCUGUUCUGUCAUUUUAUCAUGGCUGAUCCAAAUUUGCUCUCCACUCCAAUCUCCUGUCUUGUCCCUGUAUCACUUCAUGCCCGGAUCAAUCAAGAUUCUAUCCACCUCUGCCCUAAAUGUACAUAAAGAAUUGGCCUCCACAGCUGCCUGUGGCACGGAAUUCCCCAGAUUCACCACUCUCUGUCCGUUCUCUGUCAUCUCCGUUCUAAAAGGACACCCCUCUAUUCUGAAGCUCUGUUCCCUGGUCGCAGACUCUUCCACCACAGGAAGCAUCCUUUCCACAUCCACUCUAUCAAGCCCUUCCACAGUUUGAUAAGUUUCCAUGAGGUCAGCCCUAAUUCCUCUGCUGAUACAGGCUCAGGCCCAUUGAACGCUCUUCAUAUGACAAUCCAUUCAAUCCUGGAAUCUGUUUUCGUGAACAUACUCUGAACCUUCUCCAGUUUCGGCACAUCCUUUCCAAGAUCAGGGGCCCAGACCUGUCCUCCGAGUGUGGCCUCACCAGUGAUGACCAAAUUCCCAAAUGACAUCCUCGCUGAUAUAUUGUAGAUCUCUCGAAAUGAAUGCUGACGUUGCGUUUGCCUUCCACACCACAGACUCGACCUGCAAAUUAACCUUCAGGGAAUCCUGAACAUGGACUCCCCGUGACCCUUUGCACCUCAGUUGUUCGGUAUUUUCUGUCCAUUUCGAAGAAGUUAACACUUUCAUUUCUUCUACCAAAAUGCAUGAACAUACACUUCCCGGCACUGUAUCCCAUCUGCUGUUUUUUUUUUCCCAUUCUCUAAAUCUAUCUCAGUCCUUCUGCACCCUCUCUACCGAAAACUACCUGCCCCUCCUCAUGUCUUCAUAUCAUCUGCAAACCUUGUAACAAAGCCAGCAAUUCUGUCUUCCAAACUAUUGGAAUAUUACAAAAAUCACCAGUCCGAACACAGAGCCCUGAGGAACACCACUAGUGACUGGCAGCCAACCAGAGUUGGCUCCCUUUAUUCCCAGUCUUUGCCUCCUACCAUUUAGCUUGUCAUGGUCCGGUCCGUGGACUCUAGGCUUCGGGUCUUCGGGCUGUCCAUUGUUUCAUUUGGGCUGAAUCACAGGCACCUGAUUCUCAAAUUGGGGCUGGAAUAUAAGUGGCCCUGGGUUCGACUGUAGGUGCGGGUUGGUCUUGUCAGUAUCCUGUCCUUGCCACUGUGGGGUAGGUCAGGCCGUCUUUGCCAUUGCCCUGCGGUUGAUUCUGUCCCUCCCUGUCCUCGCCUCCGUUGGGUAAGACAGGCCGGCUUUGCCGUUACCCUUCCCUGGACUGUUCCCUUCCCUUCCCUUCCAUCCCUUCCCCAUCUUUCAGCAACCCACGCCUGAAGCCUUGCCUGCAACCUCGCCUGUGUCAUCGCCUGAAUCACCAUCAAGUUUAACCGCUAGAGUGAGACUGGAGCCUUGUCAUGCCAACAGAAGGAACUGUUUAUCGAUGAGCUUGGAACUGUCUCUUUGUGUCCCCGUGUUUAGUGUCCGUGUAUGAGUCCCGGCCCUACGUCCUGUCCCCAAGGAGGGUUCCUGACUCUCUGUAAAGCCCCGGCCCUACGUCCUGUCCCCAAGGAGGGGUCCUGACUCUCUGUAAAGCCCCGGCCCUACGUCCUGUCCCCAAGGAGGGGUCCUGACUCUGUGUAAAGCCCCGGCCCUACGUCCUGUCCCCAAGGAGGGGUCCUGACUCUGAGUAAAGCCCCGACCCUACGUCCUGUCCCCAAGGAGGGGUCCUGACACUAUGUAAAGCCCCGGCCCUAUGUCCUGUCCCCAAGGAGGGGUCCUGACACUAUGUAAAGCCCCGGCCCUACGUCCUGUCCCCAAGGAGGGGUCCUGACUCUGUGUAAAUCCCCGGCCCUACGUCCUGUCCCCAAGGAGGGGUCCUGACUCUAUGUAAAGCCCCGGCCCUACUUCCUGUCCCCAAGGAGGGGUCCUGACUCUGUGUAAAUCCCCGGCCCUACGUCCUGUCCCCAAGGAGGGGUCCUCUAUGUAAAGCCCCGGCCCUACGUCCUGUCCCCAAGGAGGGGUCCUGACUCUGUGUAGAUCCCCGGCCCUACGUCCUGUCCCCAAGGAGGGGUCCUCUAUGUAAAGCCCCGGCCCUACGUCCUGUCACCAAGGAGGGGUCCUGACUCUAUGUAAAGCCCCGGCCCUACGUCCUGUCCCCAAGGAGGGGUCCUCUAUGUAAAGCCCUGGCCCUACGUCCUGUCCCCAAGGAGGGGUCCUGGCUCUGUGUUCUGUGUUCCUGUGCUCGAGUCCAAUGCUCAGUAGGAAGACUGUUUGCCGCUACUUGAGUGGACUGUCGUUGUUUGUUGUUCCGUGUCCAAGUCUCAGGCUUCGAGUCAAGUCCAGUCCGGGUCAAAGUCUCCGAGGAGGUUUCCACUCCAUGUUCAAGGCUCCGAGGAGUUUCCCAGUCCUAUUACCUUGCCACGUCCAGUCCUCGUCUGGAUCCGGAGUCCGAGCCCAAGUCAAGACCCAGGUUCCGGGGCCCUGUCCAGUCUAGUCUCCAGAUUCCAGCUGGUGUCUAGCAAGUGAUGAUAAAAAGCAGCUCUGCUGAGACACAGGCAGACACACCACGGGACACUGAAAGAGCGUUGUGCACCCAUGUGAAGGUGGGGGUUUGUAGGAUCGAUCAGGGGCUCACAGUGUGUAAAAGGUGCGACCGGUGGGGGCUUGUUUGUGUGUCCACCCUUGCCUGCGUGACAGGUCCACCACUGAUGAACGGUCGUACAUGGUCAUGGUCGAUGACUACAACAGGACAGGAAGCCAACGGACAGUUCGAUGGUAACGUGUGUGUGUCUCUCUCUCCCCCCUCCUCCCUCCACCUGAACUGAACUGAACUCUUCACCAUCGUAAAACUAACCAUUUACAUCUAGACUUUGAAAGAGCUAGGUUUUGAUUCCUAUUUCCACACUUCUGUACAUAUCAUUGCUAACCUGUUUCACAUAUUUGCAUUUUAUAGUACUGUAUUGCUUAGUUUACUAAUAAACACUAUUAGCUACAGUAA